UGUUUCUGAUUUUAUGCCGGCAAACAAAAUAAGCAAAGGAAUUGCGAGAUGAAUUUGUUUGAGGAGCUGGACACGUUGGAUCCCAGCUCCAAGCUGGUGCCCUCACGCAUAGAGACGCCAACGCCACACAAAAUUGCUGUGCUAAUGCUGCUCAAACAAUACCUGAGAGACAAAAAGAGCUCGAUGGAGACGGGAAUAACAAUGCGUUCGCAGCGACGUCGCAUGUUUUUUAUGCUGAUUUUCAAUCUGGUGCAGGAGCCAGAUAUGACAUACAAUGAACUACACAAUAUGCUAACAAGUCGACCCUUUAAACUGGACACUUUGCUGUUGGAAGGUUUCGAGAAAUCCAUGUCGGAAUUUUGUGGCUCGGCCGGAAUUGAGGCACUCUUCGACUUUGCUGACUUGCAGAAUAUUAACACGUUGCUCAACGAGGAAUAUGGCGUCAAUCAGUUCAGCAUGGUGGGUGUCUAUGUGCGACGCAUUGGGGUCGUCCUGGAGCGCUUCACUUUUGCUGAAAUGAUGAGCAUGUAUCGAAAUAUUUGUGUUUAUUACGAGCGAGGUAUGCGCGCCUUGUCGAUUGGUUCUCGCAAACUGAUAGCGGGUGGAGUGUUGAGGAGAUCGGUAACGCCACCACCUCUAGCUGCUGCUGCUAUUUCAACUGGAGAAGGCGUAACCGAGUCAAACGAGGAGCCGCUGGGGCCGCACAAUUCACUCAGUCGCUGGGCGCCGCGGCAGGCGAAACAUUUCAUCAACAGUCAGUCGGAGCUAUUGGAACACGAUGAUGCCGCCGCUCUGCCGCCCAAGCAACUGCAGCGCCAUGUCCAGCAAAUCAUCGAAGAUCUGCCGCUAAAUACCACCUCGUAUUUCUUGGGCUACAUGAAUCAAUUGCGCAUCCGGGAUUAUUACAAUGCUUUGUCCGCUUUGCAUCGUGCCACGGAUCGCUCGCCGGUGCGUCUGAUGAUGGGCCACGAGAAGGGCUAUCAAUAUUUCUGCAUUAAUCUGGGUGUGAUGCAUGCCACCUUUGGGCAUCGGGAUGAAGCGCUGGCGGCGCUCAGGGAGAGCAUUAUGUUGGCGCAGGAGCAUGGCGAUCGGAGGAGUCUUAAUCUGGCCAACACUUGGUAUUGCCUGCUGCGCGAUGAGUUGCCGCUGUCCUAUGUCCAGCGUAGCGUGGCCGAGAUCAGCGAGGGCGACUCCAAUCAGCUGCAGAAUUAUACGUUAGCUCUGCACUUUGCCGUGAAGCUGGGCACGGUGGCCGGGUAUCAGCCGCUGCGGCUGUUUGAUCUGCUCCAGCACAGCGAUCAUCUGACCAAUCGCAACAAUCUAGCAAGCCAUGCGGCGGAGGCGUUAGCUUUGAGGAGCGCCGUUUGGUGUGCCUAUGGCAGGCAUGAGUUGGCAGCGCUCUAUGCUCAGCUGCUUUUGCUGGGAGGAGCAGGAGGAGGAGUAGCAGCAAGAGGAGGAGCAGUAGGAGGAAGACCAGCAGUAGUAGGAGCAGUAACUGGAGGAGGAGCAGGAAGAGGUGGUGGAGGUGUAACUGAUGGAGGAGGAGGAGGAGGAGUAGUAUAUGGAGGAGCAGGAAGGGGAAUAGCCGGAGGAGCAAGAGUACUCGAAACGGGAGGAGGAGCAGGAAGAGGAGGAGCACUAGGAGCAGCUGUAGCAGGAACAGAAGGCAUAGGAGCAGGAGGAUUAGGAGGAGUGGGAGAAGGAUACGCGGGCACUGGCAGCGCCUUAGCCAGCUUUGCCAUGUGGCUGCAUCUGCAGGGCGAGAUGCGUUUAGCUCGCGUGCUCCUCCAUCGUGCGCGGGAACACUUGCCACGUCUACCCAGUGCCGAGUGCUGGAUGAUUAGCCAGUGUCAUUUGACCAUCCAGUCGGGCAUCUAUCGCUGCCGUUGGCACGAUGCACUCAAGGCCUGUGAUCAACUGUAUCUACUCGAUGCGCCGGGUUCGCUGCAUCAGCGUGCGUCAAUCUAUGUAGCCAAGAAGGAGUUCUUCAACGCACGUCGACUCCUCGAUAAGUUGGCUGCUCAACAGGAUUUAGCUUUCCUGCUCCGGAUGCGUGUCCAAGUGUUGCUCGCCUAUUGCAGCCUGGCCGAAGGUAAUUUCAAUAGUGAGGCAGUUACCCUACUCUUGCGCGUCUCCGAGGAUAUGUCUGACUCUCAGAUGGAUUACGAACUGGCUUUGGUGGAUAUGUUGCUGGCACAGGUGCUGCUCCUCCUCGGAUUACCACAGAAGGCUUAUCAGGCCAUCAAGCGCAGCAUGGAUGACAUUCAUAUCAAUGGUGGACUCUAUGAACGAGCCAAGACGGAUUUUGUCUUUGUGCGCUGCCUGCUCGCCAUUACGGCGGACGGUGAGCACCGCAAGGCUCAGCUCCUGAAAUCUGUGGACAUCUUAGAGCGCUCAGCUAAAUCAUUUAAGCAAUUGUCUGCGCAUGCCAAAGUCCUCGAUGUUUACGUGUUUCUAGCGCAGCGAUUUAAUGAGUUUGGACAGCGUGCGCUGCGUAAUAAAUACGCCGGGGAAUUCCGGCGUUAUUUUAUGGAUCACCCAAUACCGCGGGAGUAUCUCGGCGCACCUUGAAUCUUAAUAAAUUGCAUCUCUUUAAAAAGA